AUGGAAGCAGUGUUUGUGGUAGUCGGCGGAGGGAUUGCGGGGGUUUCAUGUGCUGAAACUCUGGCCUUCCUCCAGCAAGAAAAGUCUAUUAUUUUGCUAAGUGAAUCAUCGUUGAUUAAAACAGUUACCAAUCUGCAUGCCAUCACUAAAACCUUAAUGGGAUUCGAUGUCAAAGAAGCCCCUAGCAGUACUCUGCAGGCAAAGUUUCAAAAUAUUACUGUAGUCAAUGGCACCCUCGCAGAAAUCCAGCACAAAAACUCCUGCAUUAUUACACAAUCGGGCAUCAUCAUCAAAUACCAAUAUCUCUGCCUUUGUAUAGGGGCGCAGCCCAAGCUGAUCCCCCAAUCCGCUGAAUAUCCUGAGCAUAUAGUAGGAAUUAGAGACACUGACUCAGUGGAGCUGUUUCUAGAAACGCUCGAAAAGUGCAAAAAGCUUGUGGUGGUUGGAAAUGGGGGCAUAGCCUCUGAACUGGUUUUCAAGAUUAAAAACACCGAAAUCCACUGGGUGGUUAAAGACAAUCACAUAUCAGCAACGUUUGUAGAUCCAGGGGCUGCUGAAUUCUUCCAAACCGCGUUGCUCAAACGGCCUGCCACUCAAGAGACUGUAACGAAGAGAAUGCGCUACCAAGAAGAUAAACUGCAUAAAUCUGGAGCAGCUUUGGGCCCAGAUUGGUAUCAAAACCUGCUAAUUUCUGGAGCAAACUCCCCAGGCUUGCAUAAGCAGGUCAGUAUACAUUACCAGAACGAAAUAUCCUCUGUAUCAGCCUUGGAAGGUUCGGAACAUCAACUGGAAGUUGGAUUAACAAACGGAGAGAAAAUCAGUUGCGACUUGAUCAUUUCCGCAACCGGUGUAAGCCCUAGAAAAAACUUCAAGAUAGAUGUCCAACUAGAGCUGGCAGAUGAGGGAAUUAAAGUGGAUCAAUACAUGAAGACAAAUCUGGAGAAUAUCUAUGCAGCUGGCGAUAUUUGCAGCGCAGAUUGGCCCAUAGCGAAGCACUGGAUUCAAAUGAAGCUGUGGACUCAGGCCAGACAAAUGGGUUGCUACGCCGCCAAAUGCAUGUCGGGGCAUUUGAACAAAGAGGAAAUCCUGCAAGAUUUCUGCUUUGAAAUUUUCACCCACUCAACCAAGCUGUUUGGCUACAAGGUGAUUUUGCUGGGACUGUUCAACGGGCAGAAGCUGGAUAAAAAGUACGAAAUCCUCCUCAGAACCACCAAGGAUCUGGAGUACAUCAAGCUGAUUUUGGAAAAUCAUCGGCUGCAAGGAGCAGUUUUAAUUGGGGACACCGACUUGGAAGAGAUGUGCGAAAACUUGAUUCUAAAUCAAAUCGAUUUAGAACCUUACGGGGACGAUAUUUUGAACCCGGAUAUUGACAUAGAGGACUAUUUUGAUUAACAGUGGAAUAAAGGCAGGGAUUGGGAAA